GCGACCCAGUCAGACUCCUCGCCUUCCGCUCUCAGCAUCAUCCCUGCUGGGUCCCGGCGGCAGAGAGGAUGGUUCAUCUGAAAACCUGGAUGCGAGCAACACUAUUAAGAUAAUGGCAGUCGAUUUACAUAAGUUUUUGGAUGUGCGACUAUCGACCAAGUAAAACGACCGUGGCAGGGGCAUACCACAAACCAUGUUGCUCUAACUUCCAAUCUGUGGUGAACGGGGGCGGAGGAAGAGGAGGAGGAGGAGGAGGACGACAGCGCAGGCAGACAGGCAGGCAUCUAUCACAACUCCAAAGUAGGUGGCCCUAAGCGAGGUUGCAGCCAUGGGCAACACUGCCACCAAGUUUCGCAAGGCCCUGGUGAGCGGCGAUGAGGCCCUGGCCUGGCAGCUGUAUGAAGGCAAUCCCCAGUUCAGGGAGGGCCUGGACCCAAAUGCGUCGUAUGGAGAGCAGUACCAGCACAACACACCGCUGCACUACGUCUGCCGCCAUGCCAUGACACGGCUGCUCAGGUCCUUCUUAUACAGCAAAGAGGGCAACCCUAACAAACGAAAUGUGCACAACGAAACGUGCCUCCACGUGCUGUGCCAGGGCCCGCAGAUCCUGCUGCUGCCAGAGGGGGCGCUCUCCCCGCGGCUGGCCCGACCCCAAAGGGACGAGCAGCGCCGUGCAGACUGCCUGCAGAUGAUCCUCAGCUGGACGGGGGCCAGGCUGGACAGGGGCCAGUACGAGAGGGCCAAUGUCAACGCCACCGACAACCACCACAGCACCUGUCUGCACUACGCCGCCGCCGCAGGCAUGAAGAGCUGCGUGGAGCUGCUAAUCCAGAGUGAGGCAGACCUUUUUGUUGAGGACGAGGACAAGUUGACGCCAUGCGACCACGCUGAGCGGCAGCACCACACAGAGCUGGCCCUCAGCCUGGAGUCACAGAUGGUUUUCUCCUCCUCUUCGGCUCAGCAGGCACAAACAGACACGCACAGCGACACCAACCUGCUGCGAUGCAAGGAGCCCUAUGAGGGACUGAAGCUCCAGGACCUGCGCAGACUGAAGGACAUGCUGAUUGUAGAGACGGCAGACAUGCUGCAGGCCCCCCUCUUCACUGCCGAGGCACUGCUCCGAGCACACGACUGGGACAGAGAGAAGCUUCUAGAAGCCUGGAUGUCGGAUUCUGAGGGCUGCUGCCAGCGCUCAGGUGUGGCCAUGCCCACCCCUCCACCAAGUGGCUACAACGCCUGGGACACCCUCCCCUCACCCCGCACCCCCAGGACGCCCCGCUCGCCCCUCACCCUCACCCUGACCUCUCCCACCGACAGUUGCCUCACCCCUGCAGAGGAGGGCCUGACUACGUGUGGCAUCUGUCUCUGCUCCAUUUCAGUGUUUGAGGAUCCAGUCGACAUGUCCUGUGGCCAUGAGUUCUGCAGAGCCUGCUGGGAGGGGUUCCUGAACGUAAAAAUCCAGGAGGGUGAUGCCCACAAUAUCUUCUGCCCGGCCUAUGACUGCUACCAGCUGGUGCCCGUACAUGUGAUUGAGAGUGUGAUUUCCAGAGAGAUGGACCAGCGCUACCUGCAGUUUGACAUCAAGGCGUUCGUGGAGAACAAUCCAGCCAUCCGCUGGUGUCCCGCGGUGCGUUGUGAGCGGGCGGUGCGGCUGACCAGACCGGGCCCUGGGGACAACGACCCCCACAGCUUCCCACUGCUGCCGUCCCCGGCUGUCGACUGCGGCAAGGGUCACCUCUUCUGCUGGGAGUGCCUUGGUGAGGCUCAUGAGCCGUGUGACUGUCAGACAUGGAGGAACUGGCUUCAGAAAGUCACAGAAAUGAAACCUGAGGAGUUGGCAGGCGUGAGCGAGGCUUAUGAAGACGCAGCUAACUGCCUCUGGCUACUGACCAACUCCAAACCUUGUGCCAACUGCAAGUCGCCCAUUCAGAAGAACGAAGGCUGCAAUCACAUGCAGUGUGCCAAGUGUAAGUAUGACUUUUGUUGGAUCUGUCUGGAGGAGUGGAAGAAGCACAGCUCGUCGACAGGAGGUUACUACCGUUGCACUCGUUAUGAGGUCAUCCAGCAGCUGGAGGAGCAGUCCAAGGAGAUGACUGUUGAGGCAGAAAAGAAGCACAAAAGUUUUCAGGAGUUGGACCGUUUCAUGCACUACUAUACCCGCUUCAAGAACCAUGAACACAGCUACAAGUUGGAGCAGAAACUGCUGAAAACAGCCAAAGAGAAGAUGGAGCAGCUAAGCAGAGCCUUCAUUAGCCGUGAAGGCACUCCUCCAGACACACAGUUCAUUGAGGACGGUGUGUGUGAGCUGCUGAAAACGCGGCGUGUGCUGAAGUGCUCUUAUCCCUACGGCUUCUUUCUGCAGCAAGGCAGCACCCAGAAAGAGAUCUUCGAGCUCAUGCAGACAGACCUGGAGAUGGUGGUGGAGGAUUUGGCUCAGAAGGUGAACCGGCCCUACCUGAGAACCCCCUGCCACAAGAUCAUCAGCGCAGCCCGCCUGGUCCAGCAGAAGAGGCAGGAGUUCCUGGCCUCUGUGGCCCGAGGCGUGGCUCCCAACGACUCUCCUGAGGCCCCCCGCAGGAACUAUCCUGGAGGAUCAUGGGACUGGGAGUACCUGGGCUUUGCUUCUCCAGAGAUGCUGAGUCGUCACUCUGUAAUGGGAGGAGGAGAUCAGAGAGAGAGACAGACACAGGAAUAUGCUGACAUCCAGUACCGCCGCCGACACAGGCCACGUCGUAGAGGAGACAUGCUGAGUCUACACAGCAUCAGGAGCAACAGCAACACACCGGAGACUAGCAGGAGGAGUGAAAACACAGAAGGUCCUGAGAGGAGUGAGGGCCGCAGACGAGCGCUGGGUUCACUGGACGAAGAUGACCCAAACAUCCUACUGGCCAUCCAGCUGUCCCUCCAGGAGUCCCGCAGAGAGAGAAGCCUGGAGGGAGGGAUGGAGGGUAGACCAGACCCGGAGAGACAUGAGAGGCGGCCUGGUCCGACAGGAGACCUCGGUGGUGUCUCUUCACACUCGCCCAACACAGACGGGCCUCCAGGGGCCAGAGGCUCCUCCUUUCCUCCUUCCCUCCUGGAUCCUCCCCGCCCCCCUACCAGGACAGACUCCUCUCCCCAGCCGCCUGCCUCUAACCCCCUGCCUCUCCCUCCUCCACCCCCCUCCCUCAGUGCAGAGUUGCUGGAGCUGGGGGACAGCCUUAUGAAACUAGGGAAUAUAACCACUCCUUACGACCUAGACACACACACCUUCGACACACAUACACAGGACCAGCCAUGUUCACACCACACAUACAACCAUAGCACCCUCACUGCUGCUUACACCGUGGAAGCUAAUUACAGCGACCGCAGCCAUAGACAAGCUCAAAACACACUGACCGCUCCUUAUUUGCUUGACCAUAUCACCAUCAGUCAGAGCUCAGAUCCCAGCGGCGACAGCAAAGAGCAGAGUCACUGCCACUCCAGCACUUACUUGGCCGAGGCUGAACACACUGGUUCCUACGAACUUGAACACACCCAGAAUCCCGCCCAUCCUAGUUCAUAUAAACGGGAACACUCAGCCACUUACGAAAGCAACCUGAAACCAGACAGCUCUUACAACCCCCACUCAGCACUCACUAGCUCUUACACACAGGAACGUCCUGCCUCCUAUGUUCUUGAACGUACCCCCAAGGCAGCCUCGCAGCCCCCUGGCCAGCUGUGCCUCCCCUCUCCAGACCUUGAGCCAGAGCUCUUGCUUUCACCGGUGAUCCCACCAGGUGGGGCUUUCACUCCCAGUGACCCUGAAAGUUUGGAGCCCUUAGACCCCGCAGCCAGUGCCCAGCUGCUGGACAACAUCAUGGCCUGGUUUAGCAACAACAUAAACCCCCAGAACAACACCCAGAGCUUGGCCCUCAUCCCCUCCCCACCCACCACAGAAACUGAGUCCUCCCCUGACACAGUCACUGAGACUGGCUCAGAGAGACACACCUCCCGGGAGGUCACUCCUGCCCCAGUCUGGCAGCCCCUGGUGGGUGAGCUGGAGGUGGGUCGAGGGGUGAUGAGUCCCUCUCUUGGUGCUGGGGGCGUGGAAGGCCAAGAGACGCUGAGGCCCAACACACUGGAGCUGGAAAACAGAGAGGCUGACAAGGAGGGUGUGAACACAGGGUGUGUGGCAAACGUGUCGCUGGACGAAGCAGACACACACCCAUGCUCACACUCCCAACAUGGAGACGGUCCUGUGCACACUGCCCAGGCCAGAGAGACGGACUUAGACCUCACCCUUCAGUUAGAAGAGGACCAAUCACCUGAGGAGUGGGAAGAGCAAGUACACUUAGUGUGAUAGUAAGAGAAUGAGACAGAGAGAGAGAUGACUGGGCUAAGUACAGAUAUUAAUAAAUGAGAGAAUUUAAUGGAUCAGUGGAGAUGAACCAGAAAAAGGAAAGGAAAAAGAAAUACUGGGAAAACUGGAGAGUAGCACUGAUAGAAUGUAAGAUGGAAAAAGACAAAAUAUAAGAUGGAAUAGUGAUGCCCCAGUGGAAGAGCUGCUUCUCUGGGGCUUGUGUGUUUACUGUAUGUAUUAUACUGUAUCUAGAGAGGACAUAAAGCUGCGAGGGCUUUGUCCAGUAAAGAUGAUGUCAUAAGCAGUGUGAUUUAAAAAAAAAAAAAAAAAAAGUGCUUUUGUCUGCGGUAGGAACAGACAAACUAUUCUUUGACAUUCAAAAUGAAUGAGUGUUUGACACUGAGGGCAUCAAUAGAAAGCUACUGAAUAUGUACACAUAAUGCUGAACAUUCAUUUAAUUUAAUUUAUUCCACUGCCUCCUGUAUUUGAAUUUGUCUUCUCAGUUGUUGAGGGUGAAGCUUUGGUGCUGAUCACACUGAAUUCCAGACUUGCCUCUUACACCCUCCAAGCAGUUGGCAGUGGUCCAUAACGGCUGCACACUUUGUUAACACACUGACCCAACCAUAAGCCUGUUAAGGGCUCUGAGAGCCAAAUAUGAGAACUGCAACCUUGGAGCUCGUUUAGCGUACUGUACAAUCAGAGGGGCUAAUUCUGCUUUUGGACCUUCAUGCACACUGUGCCUGUUCUGGUAGACAGCCAACCCACAACUGCUUUUUCCAUUUGUUAAGCUGUAAAGGAAGACGAGGAACAUCAGUGAAGUUUCCACCUGACAUCGCAGCUCUGAUAAUACCAGUACAACUAGCUUCUCUGGUGUUUCUCAUAGUCAUACUUAUGUUGUGAUGCUCUGUUGAACCACAAAGGGAAUUUCUCUUUUUUUUCCUCCACAGGGAGGUCAGAGGUCAGGCUGAGAUACAGAACAGCACUCCUGAAGCUGGUGGGGAAUCAGUGUUUUGGUCCAGGAAAACACAUGAGUAGGAUGAAUAUUGGUUGUCAGAGGGGAUUGAACCUAAGUCUUCUGGCUUAAGGAGAGCCUCCCACUCACUAUGACACCGCGUUAGAUAUUUCUCUCUUUGCUUUUAUCAGAGAUGAGCUGCCGUUCAUAGGUGAAGUAUAAGUUAAUAAACAAAAAAAACACUCCUGAAACUUGAUGGUUUUUAAACACAGUUAAUCAGAAAUUGAUCUUCAGGCUGACUAUCAGGCUUUAUGGUGUUCAGUCUUUUUCAAAUUGGCUUUGUUUUUAUCACAUCUUUUCCACUAUUGAUGGCUAGUUCAGUGUGCUAUUGAUAGUGCUAGUAUAACGGGAGACGGGUUGGGGUUUUGCUGUUGUUAUUUAUCCUUUUAUUCCUUUUUUUCCCCUCUUAUGACAAUGAAAAUUCUUAAAUGCAAGGCCUGAGGUAUUGGGUCUGUGUGCCUUUUAUUUAAAUCAUAUUUAAUUAGUUAAUUUUAUUUAUGGGUAUUUAUUAGUAUCAUUACUUUUUAAUACAAAAGUCCAAUCUUAACAGAAUGCCUAAUCUAAGAUAACUGACUACACACCCCUUUGGUGUGACUGUUGCCAUACACUGAGGUUUACGGUGCACAAUAGCAUCACUUCUCCUUGCCUAGCACUCUGAUUCCUAGGUUGUCUUACAGCCUCUGUCUUAAAACUAUAACGCCCGGCUGGAGUGUUUACAAACGUUUGGAUUAAACACUGCCUGUUGUGCUGAGAUAUGUGUAGGUGCUUUGGGAAACAGACUGGUGGUAGUAGUAGAGAGGGGGUUUAAUGACAUUUUGUUGGUAUGCCCAACAUACUGUAGAUGUAGUGUAUGAAAUGAUAGUGAAAUCCUUUCCAAGACUCUGGUUUUGUUCAAUUUGUUUCGUUUGUUUUUAUGAAAGUAGCCAGUUAAACAGAACGGGAUAUGCAAUCAAAAAUGUAUUCACUAAUUUAUAGCUUGAGGUCUAAUUUUUUUUUUCCAUAUAGCAGUAUACAUGGACAUAUUUAGCCAUUCUUCUUUCAAAGUAUAGUGGUCUGGAGUGAACUUGGAUGUAACUGAGGUGACGAUACAUCAAAUAAUCCUGAAAUGACCUCAUACUCCAACAACUGAACGUUAAAACAGUCACUGCACUGAAGAAGCAGAUGAUGAAAUUUCACGAAGCCGACUGAAAUGCUCAUGCGACUCAUGUUGCCCACUCCCUUUCAGAGUUUGCUCCCUAGCUGCUUGGGAACAAGACAAGGGCUAGAUUUAGGACUGCACACAUCCGACGGGUCAUAUGAAGCAACGGGAUACACAGCUGAAGCACUGAGUCUGCAGCUUGUUUUUGUUUUUUCCUGCUCUUAAUUUGAUUUUGCACACCGAUGUCUUGUUUUGUAUGUUAGCACUAAUUCACUGCUGUCAGGCAAGUUGCUGAGGAAUGACGUGCAUGGCUUCUAUCCUUAGUUGUGUUUAUGUUCCGUUACUUUGAUUUUGUAUGGGACUUAUGGCAUCUGUUUAUGGAAGGGGUCCGUGCCAUUUUGUACUCCAUCAAAAUUUUUCACAUUUUAACAUCCGUCAACAAAACAACUACAGAAAUCAGAAAGGUUGAUUGCACUUUCAUAGAUUAAUACUUGAUACAUUCCCAAUCGGUCCAUAAGAAAGGAGGCAACGUUUGAUUUGUGGCCAAUACUGUAAAUGAAAGUGUCAGUGCAAAGUUUACUCUCAAUAAAAAGAACAGAAAAGUGAA